AUGCCACCCACCCGCACCACCCCCUUCACCUCCACCUCCACCUCCACCUCCACCACCCCCCCCACCACCGCCACCGCCACCCGCGCCAGCACCCGCCCCCCCUGGUCCACCACCACCGCCUGGUCCACCCUGCACGCCACCCACCACCUCACCCCCUGGGGCCACCGCACCACGCGCUACCACACCGCGCUCUCCAAGAAGCUCUACCUGCGCUUCGGGCUGCACAACGCCGGGCUGGCCAGCGGCUUCUGGCGCGAGUGGGCGGCGGGCUGCAUCGUGGCGCAGUGCGACGAGGGCGUGUUUAUGUUCAGCCACGACUUUGGCUAUGCGUGUCUUGUGGCGGUGGGGUUUGGGAAGGCGGUGGGGAUUAUACGCGGGGCCAGGGAUGAGCAGAUGGAGGGUGCGUGGAGGAGGAUGGGGGGGGUGUAUGAUGCGGGGGCGGAGGGGCAGUGGCCGGGUGAUGGGGGGGAUGGGGAGGAGGAGGAGGGGGGGAAGUAG